CUUAUGCCUGUUCUACUUCUGGGACUUGUUCUUCCACCCAACGAGUGGAGUUAAAUUCUAACCCAACAAACAAACACAACAAAUUCAAAUUGUGCGAAAAAUAAAACAGAAAGUCUCUUGAACAAAAACUUCGAACUCACCAACUCAAACUCGCUGCUUUCAAACUUCAAAGUAAAACCCAACUCUAUUUCCUUCUCUCAGGUCUCAGAGUGGCAAACUGUAAAGUUUUGAUGCAGAAUGGCUGCAACCAGGGCUCGAGUUAGUAGCUUCUCUCGCAAUGUAUCAACUGUGACAUCUCAGAAUCCUGGACUUAAGCAUGGCCCUAAUGGGACAAUGUUCAUUUCAUCUGGGAUUCCAGAUCUGGACAAGAUUUUAGGUGGUGGUUUUUCUCUGGGUAGCCUUGUCAUGGUUAUGGAAGAUCCUGAAGCACCUCAUCAUAUGCUUCUAUUGAGAAAUUUUAUGUCUCAAGGACUUGUGCAAAAACAGCCACUCUUGUAUGCUAGUGCAUCUAGAGAUCCUAAAAGUUUUCUCGGUACUUUGCCUAGUCCGGCGUCACCCAAAGGGGAUAAUAAAUCUUCAGAUCUUAGCCAUGAAAAGGAUCUAAGAAUCGCUUGGCAAUACAAAAAGUAUUUUGGUGAGCCUCAGCUAAAUCUGAACACUAAUAAUGGUGGUCAGCAUGAUUACUGUAAUGAUUUUGACUUGAGAAAGCCCCUGGACCGGCACUUUUUUAGUGGCAAUAAUGUAGAUUGUGUUAGCAUCAAAGAUUCUCCUAACCUUACUGCUCUUCAAGAUUGUUGUGCUGGAUUUCUAGCUAAAUUCUCAAGAAAUGAAGGCAGCAUUUCCUCUGCUGGUCGUAUUGCAAUUCAAUCAUUCUGUUCUCCACAAUGCAAGUAUUCAAAUGAGGAGUGGCAUAUGCUUUCUUUUAUUAGGUCCCUAAAGGGCAUGGCCCGGUCUUCAAACGCUGUUAUUGUUGUAACCUUUCCACCUUCACUUCUUCCUCCAUCUUGUUCAAAAAGAUUGCAGCAUAUGGCAGACACUUUGCUUUCUGUCAAAGCCAUUCCAGAUGAGGAUAAGGAACUUGCAAAACUCCUCACUGGUUACCAGGAUAUGAUUGGGCUUCUAAAUGUACACAAAGUUGCACGGUUAAAUACACAGGUUCCUGUGAUUCUGGAGGCCACAACAUUCUCCAUAAAAUUGCAAAAACGAAGGUUUUUGGUUUUAGAAUGUCUAAAUCAAGCCCCAGUUGAUGGUUCAAGUGGCAGUUCGUAUGGCACAUCUGGCGGUUGUUCUGGGUCAACUAAAGCUGGACCACUUGAUUUUUAGACUAUACCUUAUUUAUAACUGAAGGCUUUUAUCAACCAAAAAUACGAUAUAGCCAUAGUGAGUCAGGCUCAAUGUUUUUCUUAGUGCUUGAAAUUUAGCCUUCUAAAUUGUGUUACUCCUUUUCUUUUUUGUUCUUUUGAUGAUUAAUUGGUUGCACCAUUGGUUCGUCUGCAAUGUACGGACAUUUUCUUUUGGUGAAUUCUGUGGUGGACCAUUUAAACACGUCACAGUGUCAAGAUAUUUUUUAAAAUUGUAAAAUAGUCCCUAUGACUAAUGGACACCAUAGAAAAUGAAAGCUGGUGAGUUUAUGAA